CCUUCACGUAGGGCGUGUGGGAAAGCGUGUCGCGGGGAAAGCUGGGAAACUCGUCGGCCACCAUCUUGCUUCUGAGCGGGCUUUGACCGUGGGUCGGAGCAACCUUGAGCGAUGAAGCUGCUAACCAGAGCUGGAUCCUUCUCGAGAUUUUAUUCCCUCAAAGUUGCUCCCAAAAUUAAAGCCACGGUUGCCCCUUCAGGAGCACCUGCACAUCCUCAGGACAUUGAGUUUACCAGAUUACCAAACGGCUUAGUGAUUGCUUCUCUGGAAAACUAUGCUCCUUUGUCAAGAAUUGGUUUGUUCAUUAAAGCAGGCAGUAGAUACGAGGACUCCAAUAAUUUGGGAACCUCUCAUAUGCUUCGUCUUGCAUCCAGUUUGACUACAAAAGGAGCUUCAUCUUUCAAAAUAACCCGUGGAAUUGAAGCAGUUGGUGGUAAAUUAAGUGUGACUUCAACAAGGGAAAACAUGGCUUACACUGUGGAAUGCCUGCGGGAUGAUAUUGAUAUCCUAAUGGAGUUCCUUCUCAAUGUUACCACGGCACCAGAAUUUCGUCGUUGGGAAGUAGCUGCUAUUCAGUCUCAGCUAAGGAUCGACAAAGCUGUUGCUUUUCAGAAUCCACAGGCUCAUGUCAUUGAAAAUUUGCAUGCUGCAGCUUACCGAAAUGCCUUGGCUAAUUCCUUGUAUUGUCCUGAUUAUAGGAUUGGAAAAGUGACACCAGAUGAGUUACAUUUCUAUGUUCAGAACCAUUUUACAAGUGCAAGAAUGGCUUUGAUUGGACUUGGUGUGAGUCAUCCUGUUCUAAAGCAAGUUGCUGAACAGUUUCUCAACAUGAGGGGUGGGCUUGGGUUAUCCGGUGCAAAGGCCAAAUACCGUGGAGCUGAAAUUCGAGAACAGAAUGGAGACAGUCUCGUCCAUGCUGCUCUUGUAGCAGAAAGUGCUGCCACUGGAAGUGCAGAAGCAAAUGCAUUUAGUGUUCUGCAGCAUGUCCUCGGUGCUGGCCCACAUGUUAAGAGAGGUAGCAAUGCCACCAACUCUCUGUACCAGGCUGUUGCCAAGGGUAUUAACCAGCCAUUUGAUGUUUCUGCUUUUAAUGCCAGUUACUCAGAUUCUGGCCUCUUUGGGAUUUACACUAUCUCACAAGCUGCAGCUGCUGGAGAUGUUAUCAAGGCUGCCUAUAACCAAGUAAAAAAAAUUGCUCAAGGAAACCUUUCUAAUACAGAUGUCCAGGUUGCCAAGAACAAGCUGAAAGCUGGGUACCUGAUGUCAGUGGAGUCUUCUGAAGGUUUCCUGGAUGAAAUUGGGUCCCAGGCUCUAGCUGCUGGUUCAUACAUGCCGCCAUCCACAGUCCUUCAGCAGAUUGACGCAGUAGCUGAUGCUGAUGUCAUAAAAGCUGCAAAGAAGUUUGUCUCUGGCCAGAAGUCAAUGGCAGCAAGUGGAAAUUUGGGGCAUACACCUUUUGUUGAUGAGUUGUAAGACUGAAACACACAUUGCAGAAAAGAGCUGAACAUUUUCUUAACCCAGAGCAGCAAGCUCAUUGAAGUCAAAAGUCUCAUAUUUAAUAUAACACAUUUAUCUUUUUUUUUUUCAAUGAGGUGAAAUAUCUGAAAGUAUAAAUGUAAGUAAUUGUUCAGGCUGACCUAAAGUCAAUAAACAUUCUGUUUAAACAUU